AUGGCCCCCUCAAAGUCUCCACGUACGCCACGAGCGUCUCGCGGCAGCGCCCCAGCUGCAGGCUCUUCCAAUCGACCAUCGCGCAAGUCGACUUCUGCUGCUGGAUCUCCGCUCACGCCGGUCAAAACGCCCGACACCCUCAAGGGCAAGUCUUCGCCCUACUUCAAGGGCAGGGCUACCGCUUCGCCUUCGAAAGGACGAGUCUCCGCCAAGGUGCAGGCAAAUGGGAAUGGCAAGGCCGCCGCCAAGAGGGGCAAGGCGAAGAAGGAUCCGGCGGACGUCACUGGUUUGACUUCCACGGAGGAAGAGGACUCGUCCGAUUCGGACGCUGCGUCAGAGGAUGACUUUGCUCCAUCCUCAGCGGGAGGAAACGCCGGAGGGGAGGAGGACGAGGACGAAGACAUGGAUGAGGACGAAGAGGACGAGGAUGAAUCGGAUGUUGACUCGGAUGAUCUUGACGGGGGAGGAAGCAAGUCCAAGCGGAAGCGAGGAACACCAAAGAAGGGGUCUGCGACGAAAAAGGUCAAGGUGGAGUCUGGCAAGAAGGGGAAAGUAGCUGGAAAGACCAGAGUGGACGGGUUCGAGGAUGAUGAGGAGGACGAUAUGGAGGUUGAGCUUGAAGAGGGGCAAGAAGUUGCAGGGAGGAUAUACCCAGCGCCAAAGACUGGUCAGGUACCACCUGGACGAAUAUCGCAAAACACCCUCAACUUCCUGAAGAACAUGCAGAUACCAGAGCGCAACGACCGGGACUGGUUCAGGUCACAUGAGCCAGCGUUUCGGCAAGCGGAGAAGGAAUGGCAGGCAUUCGUCGGGCUUGUACAGCUCAAGAUGCACGAGGCGGACAGUCAGGUCCCAAUAUUGCCACCAAAAGACCUCAUCCACCGAAUUUACCGUGACGUCCGCUUCUCAUCCGACAAAACACCGUACAAGCGCUCCUUCUCCCUCUCGACCUCCCGCUCCGGCCGUAAAGGCGUCUUUGCGGGCUACCACCUCUCCCUGUGUCCCAACGACAAGUCAAUACUCGCCGCGGGUGUCUGGUGUCCCGCCAAAACCGAGAUGCAGACGAUCCGGCAUCAUCUCUUGAACACGCCUGAACGGUUCCGGGACGUGAUUGGAAGUGAGGCGUUUGUGGACAUGUUUGGUCCAGCCAGUCCGGGUAAGAAGGGGGAGAGGCGGAAUGUGUUUGGGCAUGAGGAUGCGCUCAAAGUCGCACCGAAGGGAGUGGAUAAGGGACACAAGGAUAUCGAUCUGUUGAAGCUGCGGAGUGUGGCGGUCGUCAAGCACUUCACUGAUGAAGAGGUCCUCGACCUAGAUUUCCAAGAAACAGUCAAGAACGUCGUCAAUGUCAUGACUCCCUUUGUGCACCUUCUUAACGACUUCAUCUCCCUACCACCAUAG